AUGACGGCCAGUGAAGUGGUGAUGGGAGUGAUCUUCUUAUCACAGAUUGUGCUCGGAGUUCUGGGCAAUUGCUCUCUUCUCUACCGUUACCUGUUCCUUCACUUCACUGGGUGCAGGUUAAGGUCCACGGACCUGAUUCUUAAGCACUUGAUUGUAGCCAACCUCGUAACUCUCCUGUGUAGAGGGGUACCUGAGACAAUGGCAGCUUUCAGUUGGCAAGUUUGCCUCAGCCACGCUGGGUGCAAGCUACUGUUCUAUCUUCACAGACUAAGCAGGGGUGCGUCCAUGGGCAGCACCUGUCUCCUGAGUGUCUCCUGGGCCAUCACCAUCAGCCCCAGGGACUCCAGGCCGGCAGAGCUUAAAGUGAAAGCGGCCAAGUAUGUUGGCUCCUCCCUGUGCCUGAUCUGGGUCCUGUGUGGCCUUGUAAAUGUUAUUUUCCUUACACACAUGACUGGAAAAUGGAGCAAGAAAAACCACACAAGCCUAAAAGACUUUGGGUACUGUACCAGUGUUCGUCAGGACAAAACCACUGAGUCGUUAUACACAGUGCUGCUGUCCGUCCCUGAGGUUUCCUGUCUGGGGCUCAUGCUGUGGACCAGCAGCUCCAUGGUUUCCGUCCUGUACAGGCACAGGCAGCAGAUGAGACACAUCCACAGGACGAAUGUCACCCCCCGGUCUUCUCCUGAGUCCAGAGCCACCAAAACCAUCCUUCUCCUGGUCAGCACCUACAUCUGUUUUUACGCUCUCUCCUGCAUCUUUCAGGUUUGGUUGUCUCUUACUUAUAAUCCUCACUGGCUCCUGCUGAACACAUCUGCCAUUGUUGCUGGGCUUUUCCCAGCUGUCAGCCCCUUCCUGCUCCUGAGCCGUGACUCCAGUGUGUCCAGGCUCUCUGUUGCCUUUAUUAGGAAUAGAAAAGCUCCUGCUCAUGUGACGAAUGGAUAA